AUGGCAGAUCAAUCCUCGGGUCAUCAUCUGGUCCAUUUCCUGUCGCAAUCUUCCAAAAUUAGUUGGGUUCCGAAUCUAAGGUUCUACGUAUAUAUUAAUAUCGUUGCGAUGGGGAGCAUUUAUGUGCCGAACUUCUCUGCGUUGUAUAUGCAAGUCAGAAUAACGAAGCGAAGUGAAUGCAUAUGGACUUCGGCCUUGCUCACAAACACAGCCACGAAGAUCGUAAUUCACGUCUUCAAGGACUGCGGGAAGUACGGACGCAAUAUCAACCCCGAACAUUCUCCGCCCAGCCACGCCAAGCAUUUCAAUUUCGACGUCAGGGCUGGGCAAAGUCACAAGACUCGAAUUUGA